ACACACACACACACACACACACACAGAUAUAUUUAAAGCAAAUUCGACAGAAAAUUACAAAUAAAAUGGAUCGAGCAGUAGGUAGACAGAGGAACUGAAUUACGGUAAAUAGAAAUUUAGACUUGAAAGAGAAUACAUAAAAAAUAGAGAAAAAAUACAGAAAUUUGUGUUGGGGAAAAAGAGCCAAAAAAAAAAAAGUUCAAGAGGAGGAGGGUGCCAUACUUCAUGCCGUUCUCGUCCUCAGCCCAUCAUGACGACCGUGACCGUGGGCUUGGUGGGCGGUGCAGGCGUGGCAGCCGCCGCCGCCGUCGCAGGAGCCGUGGGCUUGGGCCUCCUGGCGCUCGCAGGUCUAGGACGCCGCAGCAGCAGCAGACGUCGCAGUGGCUACAGGAAGCACGGGAGGUACGGCAGGGAGGUGCCGGCAGCGGAGGCGCAGAUCCAGGAGCAGGCCGACCUCGAGAACCUGCUGGAGGACGUGUGGCGGCAAGACGAGACGGGCUGCGGCAGGAGGCUCCUGUGCGAGCUGGCGAAGGAGGACGAGGAGGAGCUCUCGCAGGAGGAGUUGGACAUCCUCAGCCUGGUUGGCCCCGACGUGAAGCCCGGCGAGGGUCUCCUGCCGCCCUUCAGCGGAACCGGGGAGUACGUGCGCGCCAGGGCCUUCGGCAGGAGCGGCGGGGACUGCGGCGCCGCCUUCCCCCUGUGCCCCUUCAACGGCACGGAACUUAUGGACAACGUCAUGGCCUACUUGUCGUGAUCUGCUCCUCUCAUGACCCUUCUUUCGACUGACCUCAUGGCGUGGAAGACCUGCAGGACGUAGCCAUGGGAUCCAGAGUGUCGACGGGGAUCUUGGUUGGGAAGGAACGACUUUUUAUACAUAGCUAAUAGUAGGCAAAAUUCACUUACUGGGCACUCUGGUGUUUAUUUUCUUAAAAGGCAGAAUAAUUCUUUUAUCAUACCGGUAGCAUGAAGGAAUUUCAAAGGAACAAAAUUUACAAAAGACGCCAUUUUUCUCACUGUCAACACUCGGUUACGUGUCUGCUUCUUGCCAUAGAAACUGCUGGCGGAUUCUGCUAAUUUUCGUAAGAAACUCUGAUGCACUAUUGGGUUAAUGGUAUUUUUGUCUGAUUUCUUGAUUGGUCACUUUAUUUCCAUAUAUAUA